AUGGCGGCGGAGGAUGGGCUCCUGCUGCUGCAGAGCCAAGCGCUGGCCGAGGAGGAGGAGGCCAAGACGAAGGGGGAGAUGCUCACCCGGUUCCUGAAGGACAAGCUGGCCAAGGAGGAGCGCAGCAGCACCCUGAACCUCCACAAGCUCAGGACGCAGUGGCGGACGGUGUUGCGGGAGGUCAAGGAUAAGGAGCUGCGCCAGGACAUCGAGAUCCUCAGCCAGACAUUUGCGCGAGUGAUGGACUGCAAGGACAGCGUCAUCGAGUCUCUGGCCACAGACCUGGAGGAGGCGGAGGAGCAACACGCCCAGGCCCUGCGCAGCCACCUGUACAACAUCGACCGCCUGCUGCAGCUCCAGCACUGCCGCCUGACGUGCCUGGAGGAGGGGUACGGCGCCCAGCUGGAGGCCCUGAAGAUGGAAUUAGAGGCUGAGAGGAGGACCAUCCUUGAGCAGCACGAGCAAGAAAGCUGCUAUCUGCGUGACGUGGCACUGGCCACAGAGCAGAAUUACGCCAAGAACAACCACGAGGCCACGCUGAAUUUCCAGAGUGCCCGUGAUGACAUCAAAUACAAGAGCCAGCAGGAGAAGCAGUACAGCCGCCUGCAGCUGGGUGGGAAGGUGGAGGUGCUCUGGGAGCAGUUCCAGAGGGCCAUGCAGAGCUACACGGAGGCCACCGAGCACCAGAAGAUUGCUUUUGAGGCACUGAAACAGAAGGACAAGAAGAGCUCCAGGGAGAUAGAGAUGCAGGCGAAGAAGCUGCAAAAGCUCCAGGACUUGGUCACAGCCGCCAAGGGCCAGAUCGCGGCUCACCUCCGAGAGAGCGAAAAGCAGAACCGGCGUGCACGGGAGGAGAAGGAAAGCGUCCUCAGGCAGCUCCAGGAGCUCAAGAACGAGAUGAAGCAGGCCAGGGCUACGGCCCACGGCAGCCUGGCCAGGCUCACCACACAGAGCAGCACUGCCCUGAAGGCUCUGGCGCGGGUGGUGGAGAAGUCAUCAAACACUGCGCAACACGCGCUCAUCGUCUUUAAUGAGCUGGCCUGUAACCACCUUCACCCAAGCCCUUGUCGCAAGCAGAGCGGGAAUCCCUCAGGUUUCGUCAAAGCUCAGCUGAUGCUGGUGCCAACCUUCAGGCUGCGCACACUGUGA